AUGUCUUACCAACCGGGAUCUUCAAAUCAAAACGAAAGCGACAACCACCAUGAAAAAUGUUGGAUAUACAACCCUUACCAAGAUCUUAGAGUCCCCAUACAAACCCUGUACAAACUUCCCACAUCUCUUGAAUACCUCUUUCAAGAGGAAUCCAUCGCUCAACGGCUUGGCGCCGGGAAGGGUUUAGUAGAGGGCGUGAAGGCUUCUGAGGCUGGAGGCACCAUGAAACUUAGGGUUAAUCAUAUCUUAAAUGCUUUUAGACAUGCAGAUCGGACGAUCAGCAACCGUGCAGGUGUAAUCAGACUGUUGUACACUGGUAUGGAGAGCAGGAUGGUUAAGGCUAGGGAUGCAGAUAAUAUUAUUAACAGCGUGGUGGCUGGAUUAGCGACUGGAGCGCUUUACAAGGUGGCGUCCAUUGCCAGAUCUAUUGGCGGAAUAGCGGUGGGAUUAGCCAUGCAAAGGAAGCAAAUUUUGAAGAGAUACGUACCAAUCUAA